AUGCUUCGACUACGCAUUCUGACCGGUGUGUGCCAAUACAGUACUGCAGCCCAGACACUGUACCACCCCGAAAUAUACAAGGAUAUCAUCACAUCGGGAUAUCUGGCGGUGAAAAAUCUUUUACCUGAACAAUGUUCUAACCAGCAAUUUGUCACUGAUAACGACGACGAUUUGGAGGCGCUCGCACGGCGUUUUGACGGUCCGGUGGAGUUUACGUUUGGCUACGGGUCCGGGGUGUUUGACCAGGCGGGGUACACGAAGCGAGCAAAGCCGCAAAUAGACAUGAUCCAUGUAGUAGAUGAUGCUUGCAAUUUCCACACCACCAAUUUGCGACAGUUCGGCAACCAUUAUUCCGGUCUCAAGUAUUUGGGCGGAGCCCCCACCAUCCUGGCAGUCCAGCAGUGGGGUGGCGGAGUUUAUUUUAAUCCAUUUGUGGCCAUGGCUAGUGGCGGCAAAACCCAUCUUCUCAAGUAUGGUGUCACCACAUUAGAGCUGUGUCUUCGAGAUUUGUGUGAGUGGAACUCGCUUUAUGUUGCUGGCAGAUUACAGAAACCGGUCAAAUUUUUGCGGCAAGAAAACAAGUAUAUUGAACUUGUUAAUCAGUACAACUUGAAGAGUGCACUCACAUUAGCAUUAUUAUUGGCACCAGCCAAAUUUGAUGAAGUCAAGCUAUACGAAACCAUAACCCUGGUAUCGUAUAUGGGAGAUCCCAGAAUGGCAAUUGGGGGCGAGAAUCCCAAAAAAAUACAAAAUAUUGUGAACAAACAAUUUACAAAAUUCCGCCAUUUAUAUGCUCCGAUCAUGGAGCACAUGGUGGAUGGUCACACAUUGGUGAGAACCGGGGGUGAGGUUGGUCGGUUUGAGAAAAAGGAGUUCACGCCGGAAUACGUUAGCAGCCUUGUGCAGCAAUUGCCAAUUGGGUUCAGACGCACCCUCGGCGUCACUUCACCUUCUGGUGCGAUGGAAUUUGCAUUGGAUAAGAAACGCCGCAGCCGACUAAUUUUGGCAGUGCGCCAAACAGUUAGGAUACCUGCAGCCAUUCAAACUCUCAAAGGUGUACUUACUGCGGGCAUUACCAAGUCGGUCAAAUAUGCAUGGGAGAAAAAUUCAAAAUGGCGAGGCUAA